GGAAUAUUUUAUGGCUUCAUAUAUUCCUAAUACCAGGUACCUAUUUAGGUACUUAGCUAGACUGCAGUGUUGUAUCCAAGUAACCACGGAUAUGCGGUUAGCGAUUUUGCAUAUCCCCUCUCUAAUACAGGAGCUACUGGCUAGGAGUGUUGCAACCAUUUCUCAAGUUGGUAUGGUCUCGUUAUCCAUGGGGUCGGCUUUCAUCAUGGUAGUUGUGCUUCCACUUAUAUUUAACCGCCAUGCGGCACUUUGGUUAAUGUUUUCCUAAAUUCUCUCAUGACGCACACUCAAAGUCAAUACUAUCUAAAUCCCCAGCCGUACUAACUUAGCCAACACUCAAGCCACCUCAAAAUGGCAUCUGCCCCUUAUCCCGCACCACCAGGAGCAAGAGGUGUGUUAGGAUCUAGCGAACCCUUACCCUUGAUACCUCAAGAGAUCACCACGGAAUGGUGUACCAAGGUACUAGGACACAAAGUCAAAACGAUAGCUAUAACGAAGGAAAUCCACGCAACCGCAAGCAAGCUUCUCGCCGACAUAGUUUAUGAAGACGGAACUGAUACAUCCGAUGCCCCAACUAAGAUAUGUAUAAAAGGCGGUUUUAAUCCGGCUUUGACAUCGCUUUAUCCCGCGUUGUUUGCGGCCUAUCGCCGGGAGGCUGAGUUUUACUUUUAUCUCGCGCCUAUCGUCGACUUGAAUCUGCCUCAGGUGUGGUAUAAUAGCACCGACACAGUCUCCGGCCAGGGAAUCAUCGUCAUGAGUGACUUGAUCGCUCAAGGAUGUGAAUUCGGCGAGCCGUUGAAGCCGUGGCCUGUUGAGAGAGUCCGUGUUGGAGUCGAGGAACUCGCUAAGUUGCAUGCGAAGACGUGGGGUGCCCCUGAAGAUAAAUUUCCCUGGCUAGCCGGGGAUAAGGUGACGGGAGGGAAUCCCCUCCAAGGAAUGAUUAUCUCGCUUCUAUCUCCUGAAGCUUGGGAGAUACGCUUCAAGAAGUCUCCUGCGCCGCCUUUACCGGAAGUCAUUGCGGAUCGCGAGCGUAUGUUGAGGGCUUUUAAAACUAUGUGGGCGACGGCGAAUCCGAAACUAAGAGCAAUCCAACACGGCGAUUCACAUGUGGGAAAUACAUUUAUUGCACCUGAUGGUCGCCCUGGAUUCAUAGAUUGGCAGGCUCCCUUUGCGGGUGUGAAUUUACAGGAUGUGGCGUAUUUCGUGAUCGGCGCAUUAACUAUUGAGGAGCGUAGGAAGCACGAGGCCGACUUGCUUGGCCAUUAUCUUCGAGCAUUACAUGUGUACGGCGGACCCAAGUUUGAGAAGGAGGAUGUGUGGCAUGAUUAUAGAAAGCAUGCGCUUCAUGGGUUAGCUUGGUCACUCACAGCGCCGGGGAUGCAACCUGACGAGAAUAUUUUCGUUAUGACGGAGCGUCACGCUGCGGCUGUGGAGGAUCAUAAGACCUUUGAACUGUUGGAGUCGCUACCGGAAUAUGUUAAGGGUUAGUUAAAUGCCUUUUAAGUCUUCAUAUGCGACAUCGCUUGUCGGGAUUCUUAGUAUCUUGAGAUGCAGUCUAGCUCAUCAAUAGCUGCUUCCCGCUUUUAUAUUGUAGGAGAUCUCCAGUCCUAGUCUUGGUUUAUGGUGUAGCCUUGGUUGCGGAUGAAAUGAAUGUUCUGUUUCUGGUGUUAUGGUAUGAAAUGCUAAGAAACCUCAUGAACGUCAAUAACAGAUAAGAAAAAUACAGACCCAAAUAACCACCUGUGCAUCGCGAAACUAUCUAUUGAUCUCGUAGGUGCGGGGCUGGUGUU